UAGUAACCACGGCGGAACUCUAUUAUCAAGAUGAAGAACGUUAAGGUGGCUUACAGUGUCUGCAACGUAUCAAACAGCACGGGUGGUGGUAUGAGGCGCAGCGGUUGCUGGCUCGAUGUUUCAAGGCAGGUCGUACCGGUAAACAAGACCAGUGCAACUGGAAGAAAGACUGUAUGGAAUGAUAGGAGUGAAAGCGGGGGCCGUUUCGUCGAGAUUCUUCAAGGUCUUUUUAGAAGAAUCGGUUAUACGUGCUCAUCUUUUCAACCAAGAAUGUUGUUGAGAAAUUUUCUUAACUUCUAUGAUCUGCUACUGUAUGUCAUGGUGGGAAUGGUGGCGAUGCUGUGUUAUCUGAACUCUCUGAAUGGAGAUUUGAUACACGAUGACAUUGUAGCUAUUACAACAAAUCCAGACGUUCUGGGUCAUACUUCAUUACGUGAGUUGUUUCUCAAUGACUUCUGGGGGAAACCCAUGGCAGACCCAUUAAGUCAUAAGUCCUAUAGACCUCUGACAGUACUCACAUUUAGGUGGAAUAUGAUGCUGGGAGGACAGGCAGUGGAAGGUUUUCAUCUGGUGAACGUGGUCCUUCACGGGUUGGUGGUUUGUCUUCUCACCUUCAUGUGUAGAACCGUCCUACAAUGGAACACUGAGAAUUCAGCCAUUACAGGACUUUUGUUUGCUGCUCAUCCCGUCCACACUGAGGCGGUGUCAAGUAUCGUAGGACGAGCAGAACUUCUCAGUGCUUUGUUUUUCUUUGUGUCUUUUCUAUGCUUUCACAAGUAUAGCAAAGAAACAAAGAGUUUUGUUAAAACUUGGUUUGGCACACACACACUCUCGCUGUUGCCUGGGUUUUUAGUUCUUUUGGGAUUCCGUAUAUGGAUGCUUCAUGGUUCGCUACCAAAGUUCUCGGUACAAGACAACCCAGCUGCUUUUGCUCCUUCUGUGAUAACAAGAUUUCUUACUAAGACCUACUUGGUUACGUUCAACGCUUACCUGAUGCUUUGUCCUACGAACCUGUCUUAUGAUUGGCAGAUGGGCAGUAUCCCCCUGGUGGAGACGGUGUUGGACAUGCGUAACUUCGGUUCGAUGUUUUUAUUUGGUGGAGUUCUAACUAUUUUUAUAUACUACAGAAGAAUAGUGAAGAUAAGAGAAAUAACGGUUCUAUCAGUUGCCCUGGCAAUACUCAUAUUUCCCUUUCUACCGGCUUCCAAUCUUUUUAUAACGGUGGGGUUUGUAGUAGCUGAGCGAAUCCUCUAUAUUCCCAGUGCUGGAUUGUAUAUUCUUGUAACCCACGGGCUACAGAGGUUGAAAGACUGGAGUCCGAGGGCGACGUGGCUGCUCAGGAUAAGCACGUUCUUUCUGUUAACCGUAUUUAUGUGGUGUACAUUACGACGAAAUGCUGUAUGGCAAUCCAGAGAAACGCUUUUCAGGUCAGGCCUGGAGAGCGUGCCUCAAAAUGCUAAGGUUCAUUAUAACUACGCUAACUUAGAAAAGGACUUGGGAAACAUUGAACUGUCUAAGAGACACUACAGAACUGCGCUCAGCUUGUGGCCGAGUCACGCCAGCGCACACAACAAUCUGGGAACACUACUCACCGAUCCAAUCGAAGCUGAAUAUCACUUUAAAGCUGCUAUUUCUAUAAAUCCUUUUCAUGCCAGGGCCUACUUCAAUCUUGCCAACCUGCACAGUAAGCAGGAUAAGAAAGAAGAAGCGGAAGCCUACUUGAAACAAGCUAUCGACAUAGAUCCAGGUUUUGCUGAAGCUUACUCUGCUUUAGCUUCUCUUUAUGCCGACCUUGGUCAUAUGAUCGAUGCAGAAAAGCUCCAUCUAGUGGCGCUUAGUAUAAGUCCACACAACGUCGAUGCUCUUAAUAAUUAUGGCGUUUUUAUCCAGAGUUUAGGUCGUGAAGAUGAAGCUGUUGAGUUUUAUCAACGUGCUGUUCAGAUUAACCCUAACCAUACGGUGGCGCUGCUCAAUGCAGCGAGGACACUGCGUUCCCUAAAGUAUAUAGAUGAAGCAAAACAAUUAUAUAAAAGAGCUCUAGAGAUAGAUGAAGAUCCCCAGGUCAUGGACAACCUUGGAACUUUGUACCUAAAAUCUGGACGUUUUCGGGAGGCUCACAAACUCUACGGCCAAUUGAUCAAUAAACACGAAAGUUAUUUGGAAGGAAAAGUACAUUAUGCGCAGCUCCUGAUGCAAGAACGAAGCUUUUACCAGGCCGAAGAGUUAUUGUUGUCAGUGCUCAACAACAACGCCACCUACCGAGAAGCAUUUCAUCAACUUGCCGUGCUCUUCAUCCAUACAAACAAGACUUCAGAGGGCCUAGAAAAUAUACUUCAAGCACUCCGUCUUUGUCACGUGACCGACAAAUCCUGCGCUCAACUUUACGUCAGCCAUGGUGAUCUUAUGAAGGACAUGGGUGAUCUGGAGACUGCAGCACAGAGCUACAGUCUGGCAAUACAACUUGACCCAGAGAUAUGCCAUGCCCACUUAAACCUUGGUGUAACUUAUCAUCUUCAGGGUUGGUACCUGGAAGCUCUUAAACAUUACCAAACAGCCCAGACCUUAGAUCCACAGAAUCCUGUGGUUUUAGAGAACCUAGAGAAGCUGAAGAAAAAAAUGUGGAAAAAGUCAGCGCUUGAAUGUAAUGAAGAAAGUAAAUUUUGUAGAACCUGGUGAAGUUUCGAUUCAUGUAAUGUUUACACUAUUGUGUCGUUUAAAACGGAUUACGUUACAGCAUAAUAAAGUGAGAAAAACUUGAGAAAAUUUAAGUUAAUGUGAAAUUUAGAUCUGGCAAAGUCCCGAAACUGACAAGAAAAAAACCGUUUAAGGUGAAAAAUUCCAAAAUGGCUAAACUAAUGAAGAUGAUAACAUUUAUAAACUGGUGAUGAUUAGAAUUUGGUGGAGGGAAUAACAUAGUAAAAUGAAGAGCCAAAUACAGCGUUAAAUGUGGUAAAAUGGAGAACUUAGUAGAGAGAAGUUGAUAAAGUGGAAAAUCAGAUGAUCAGCAGAGCAUAACGAUGGUUAAGAUUUGCUGAAAUUAAUAAUUGUUAAAUGAAUAACCUAGUAAACAAAUAACUUGGGGAAGUAAACAGCGAGGUUUAUUUGGAACCUGAUGAUAUGAAAAGCUAAGUAAAGUGAAGAAGCUGCAAUCUUGAAAAAUGUAAUGAUUAGAGGUUAUUGAAGUAUAUAUAUAUAUAUUAGUAUAAAGAGGAAUCUGAUACUGAUUAGGAACUGAUGAUACGAAGAGCUCAGUAUAGUGAAGAAGCUGGUUUGUUGACGAACGUGUUGAUAAGAACCUUGUGAAGUGUACAUACUUUUAUAAAGAGUAAUCUAAUGCUGACUAGUACUUAAUGAAAUGAAAAACUUAGUAAAGUGAAGAAGCUGGCGAAGAACCUGAUGAAGUAAAUAUAUUGGUAAGAUUAAGAAUCUGGUGGAGUAAACACAAUGAAGUACAGAACUAAGCAUUUACGAAAUAAAAUGAUGGUGAACCUAACCCAACUUUCAUUAGAACUUGACGAAAAAAUAAACUUAAUAAAGUGAAUAACCCCGAUAGAGUAAAUAAGUGUGAUUAGUGAUGAGACAAGUCAAAGUAAGAAUCUUGGAAGAAAAUAUUGUGUUGUUUAUUUGUUUGUUUGUUUUCCUUUGCACUUGUUUCCAACAGACUGGAAGAUUGAGUUCCUAAGAAAAUGGACAUGGUAAACAAAUAUAGUUCUAUUCGAGUGUGAUGUUUAUUGUUUUCAGUAAAGAUUUCCGCGUGUUUCCAAAACACUUGGGAACUUAUAUGAUUCACUAGUGGACUUGCUGUCUAUGCAACCAACUUCAGUCACAUGUAAGUGUCAUGUUCGAUGUAGUAAUACUAUAUGAACAAUGAUAAAUAAAUGUUUACCCAAAAUAUUUUGGAAAC